AUGGCGCCUGACAAUCCAGCUGGUGACGGCGAUGCUGGUACCGUAACCUCGUCCACUGCUCCGGCAUCGUCGACUCUGCCUGUCGGUCCUGCUACUGCUGCAGAGCCACCAACAUCCGCCGCCGGUCAUCCCUCCUCUUCUUCUUCUUCUCCUCCUGCUCCAGGGCAUCACACACCCGCGCCCCCGACCUCCGACCCUCCCGCGACCAGCUCUGGCCCCGAGCCAGCAGCCUCUACCGCUUCAGAUUCUUCUCCGACAGCUCUCUUUGCUACUACAACCGCUACCGCUGCCGCUACCGCGACCCCGACCGCUGCCACGACCACGACCACAACCACAACCACAGUAGCCGACACGCCUGCUCCGGCCGCUGAAGCUGCUCCUGGCAGCAAUCUCAACGGCACAGGAGCAGCGCAGGCUUCACCCGCCUCUACCGACUCCGAAAUGUCCAAUCAUGCCUUUCUUCACGGCCGCUCAGCUGCUGCUCCCGCGCCCUCGCAUCCCUCACCCUCCUCGCGUCCCACGGGUUACCGCACCGACUCGCAGACGCAUUCUCCGGCGGCUCCCUCGACGACCUCUGCACCACCACCGCACACGACGACUCCCGCGACGCAAUUCGCGUCCUAUUCGGCCGGCCCAAUCUCGCAGCCUCCCGAUGCCCAGCGACUCGCCCACAGCAACGGCCCCAAUGCCGUCACGUUGCCUAGCAUGCGGACCAUUGAUGCCAUGAGCCAUCAGCAGCAGCAGCAGCAGCAGCAGCAGCAGCAGCAGCAGCCGCCUGGCACCCAUCCACACGCCAUGAACGGACCUCUGCAGCCCGUGUCUCCUUCAGCUCAGUCGUACUAUGCGCAGGCUGCUGUCGGUGCUACCCCGAGCUUUGGGUUACACACCGACCUGGGCCGCUACACUCUGCCCCCCCACGACCCUCGCCUGUCAGGAACAAGAGGCUCCAAGAAGUGCGACGAAGCUCACCCCACGUGCAACAACUGCAAAAAAUCGAAACGCGAUUGUCUCGGCUACGACCCCAUCUUCCGCCAGCAGCCAGCAGCUCAUCCCGGCUCCAUACAACCUGCACCCUCACCGACCGCAUCGGUUCCCUCGUCCAACUCGCCGGGCUCGGUCGCAGGAAACGGUCGCCAGCUGAACUCGUACGCUGCCCAGCCGUCUAUGCUGCCUGUUUCAUACCCGUCCAACUCUACCCCUCCCACUGCAGCUGUCAGCCCAACUCCCAACGCUGCCUACCAUUCUACUUCGGUCACGGCCGCGCAUCAGGCUACCUCUGCAACAGCCUCGCCUCGCUACGAUUACUCAUCCAGCUCCAAUACUGCUUCAAGGACAAAUCAGCCCGCUACUGCAUUUGAUCCCGCUCGGCACGUUGACCACACUGUAAACAACCAACUGGAUCAUAGGAUACCAGAACCACGUCCAAAGAUGAAGAUCCACCAGAUUAUCGACUCUCUCGGUCCUACCCCCACCCCGCCUCAAGUUCCCGCUAGCGAGGAGACGUUUAGCGAGAUCACUAAAGUCUACCACGAAAUGUAUGCCACUGCGCUCGCUGCCUUCUUUGAGACUACCUGGUACUAUUUCGCCGAGAAUGGCAUCAUGUCCUUUCCUAAGCACCCUCCGCUGCUUGAGCAGAUGGCUUCGUUUCUCAAGGUGCUUGAGGCUGUCAAGGCGAAUGAUCAUACGCAAAUGGCUUACUCGGGCAUUCUGGAAACAAGAAUUGUGUGGGAGCUCGCUUGCACCGCUUUUCAAACACCAGAGCGCAGCAACGGUGCCAUGCGCGUGAAUCUGCCCCCUGAAGGUGACAGCGCUGAGGCCCGAAGCCGGUUGCAGGUGGUGGACGCUUUGCUGUGCGGCGAUUACCUACCCAACAACCCACUUUCCCCCCCGGUAGCCGACUCAGACGCUCAAAGGACACGCCAGUUUGACUUUUGGUACAACUUGGCUGAUUUCAUCCGACACCGCGACCACCCCGAGUCGCCUCAGGCCCAGCAGGCCCGGGAGGAGGUCCUGGGCAGGAUGCGCCGUUUGCUUGAUGCGCGCGAGAAUCGUGACGUGCUCUACUCCAUUGCCGUGGUCCGUCAUCUGUCCCCUCGGUUUGGACCCAACUACGUAGCAUCUCUGCCGCAGCACCACGACGAGACGGAUCCAAAGAGCCGCCUGGCGGUGGCGUCCAAGUUUAUUAUGAAUGAAGCGCAAGUGACGGGAGGCACCACCAACGUCGUUAGGCGCAUCAGCGAUAUUGCCUGCCGCGCAUUUGUGAAUCCCGGUGUUAACAUUGCGAGAAGUGCCUGA